AUGGAUAGCCUGGGCGGGCACCCCCUGUACAGCGCUUUCCUCUUCGACACCUCUUACGCACCACACGGUCCAUUCCAUAGCGACGAUGCGUUUCUCGAUGAGGUCAUUGGUCUAUUGAAAGGCCUUAUACCUUUUACCCAUGGCGAUCUGGCGGCAGUCAACAUCAUUGUCCACAAUGGCAACCUCUCGGGUAUCAUCGACUUCGAGAAUAGCGGCUACUAUCCAGUAUGGUGGGAAUCAGCUAAAUGUUCAUUGGGGUUUUCGAAAUCUGAUGCCGAUUGGAAAAGGGCGUCGCAGAAGGAGAUCCCACGUUAUGAAGAAGGACUUCGAUGGUGGCAGUGCUGGCGCAUACUUGAGAGGAAGCCCGAGUCCGAGGAGGCUCUCAAAAUCCCGGAUAGCCUGCCAAACGCAGCCAGCACGCCCUAA